AUGAAAAUGCGGGGCUCUUUUUAAGCAAAGGAAACUCUAACUGACAUCUUUGAUUAAAUACAAGAUGUAGAUAUAUAAAUCUUUGGGAUUAUAUUAUAAAUAUUAAGAAAAGAAAAAUUUUAAGACAGCAUUGGAUUUCUAUCAGACAUUGGGAAUCAAAGUCAAUUAGAAUCAUAAAUUUUACAACAAGGAGAGAAUUAAAAACAAAUUGAAUAAAAGUUGUCUGUUGUUAGAAAUAACUUGAAGUAAAUUACAGAUGUUUUAACAAAAUUAAAAGUUCAUGUCUUCAAUUACAAAGACUUUUCCUCUGAAGAAAAUGAAGAAUCAACAUUAAGUCUAAUUAAUAGCAUCAAGGAUAAUAGAAGGAUCAUUGAAUUUUUGUAAUUUUUAGUUCACCUUACAUCUAUAGAUAACACUUUAAUAUAAUGUGGAUCAAAUUCAUUACAUAUAUUAGUUUAGAUGAAGGUUAACCUUAGAAAUCAAAAUUUUGAAAAAAUUAAGAUUUAAAAUACUUCUUUAGUAGGAGCUAAUUUUGUUAUGUGUAAUUUUAGUGAUUCCUAAUUGAAUAAUGUAAAUAUAAGUGGAAUAAAUUUGAAUGGAGCAUUAUUAGUAAAUUGUUAAUGGAAAGAUUUAAGAAUCCUUGAAUUAAAUAAAUUGUAUAAUCAUAGUUGUGUGAAUUCAGUCUGUUUCUCACCUGAUGGAAAUACUUUAGCUUCAGGUAGUUGGGAUUCAUCUAUACGUCUAUGGGAUGUCAAGACAGGAUAAUAAAAAGCUAAAUUUAAUGGUCAUGAAGAUUGCGUCAACUCAUUAUGUUUCUCUGUUGGAAAUAUAUUAGCAUCUGGUAAUGAUGACAAGUCUAUCAGUCUAUGGGACAUGAAGACUAAGAAAUUAAGAUGCAAAUUAAAAGGUCAUGAUAAUUCAGUCAACUCAGUCUGUUUCUCUCCUGAUGGUAAUACAUUAGCAUCAGGUAGUAAUGAUAAGUCUAUCCGUCUAUGGGAUGUCAAAACAGGAUAAUAAAAUGGCAAAUUAGAUAAUCAUACUAGUUCUAUCAUGUCAGUCUGUUUCUCUCCUGAUGGAAAUUUAUUAGCAUCCGGUAGCGAUGAU